AUGGGGUCGUCCUCUGGAGCAAUGAAAGCGACAGGCCAAGGCGGAGACACACCGCUUUCUGCCAGAGCCCUAUCAAGAGAGAGGCAAGAAGAAGAGGAACUCGCUUCUCCAAAACCUGUAGAUGUGCAAAUGAACUCAUCAAAACUGGGUGCCAGCAAGCUGUUACACCUCAUGGAGCGGAAACAAGAUGAUGGCUGGUGCUUCACCGGAAAAGGUGGCAGCUGCUGCGUGCCACGAGGAUCCAUCUACGGAGCCGCGCUGGCACUGCCUCAAAUUGCUCGAAGUUGCGAGUGGCCGGGCACACUUUGUGCACUGGUGAUCCGCACGUACUUUUUCUGUUUCCUCAACUUCAUGCUGCAGGCUUAUUUGUUAUCCAUGAUUGGUGAAGAGUUCAACCUGUGGUUCCUCUUUGCCGGGCGAAUGCACCUGUGUGAUUUUGGACGCUCAAUUCAGGACUGCCCAGACGGGCCCAAUUGUGUGGGUCCAAGGGGCACCAUUUUUUCCUAUCCACGGCUCUAUGACUUUGACGUGUGGGGGACAAGGAUCUUUGCACAGGACAGCAUGGCAGCCGUCAACGCCACACACCUGGACAAAGUGGAUCCUGGAGAGUACGGCUUGGAAAAUUUCUAUUGUCGCAUGGUUUGCAUUUUUCUCUUCCUGAAAUCCACUGUGACCGAUUUUUGCGAGAACAUCGAAAAUAUCAAGACGUUAGUCUUGACGCCCACCAGGGCUGAUAGCUGGAUCAACAUGCACGUUCCGAACUGGGCAGCCAAAUCUGAUGUGAAGGCGUUCGAUAACAUGGACGAACUGGACCUGGUGGAGUAUCGCGUAGCGGGCAUGCCACUGCAUUGGAAGAUUCUCAAUGCCAUAUUCAUCCUGGUUCCGAAGACUCUGCUGUGGUUGGGAGUCACCCGAUCUGGCGUGCACUACCUCAUGGAGACAGCAGGAAUCAUGAACGUUGUGGUGAAUGCUAUGGCUCUAAGCUUCAUCUUGAAUGUGGAUGAAAUGAUCUUUGAGAGGCUGACAAGCACGCUCUCGACUUACAUUCUGAGUCACAUUCAAGCCUUGGCUCUUUACGAAGACGACCUGGAGGAAACGGAUGAGCAAGCUCUUGCUCGAUAUGAGAAGCAGGAGAUGAAUAUGGGCUGUCUCAGUAUUUUGUGGAAGAUCAUGCCCAUGCAGCUCAUUGUGCUCAUCGCGACUCUGGUUCUGUUUUUGACUGACUACUACUUGACGAAUUGCGAGCUACGAGACGGGAGUUGGGUUUCCAAGGCCAUGCACCUGCCAUCUGAAGUUGAUGGCAACCUCUUCCGAUUCAUGUUUGGCAUCGAGGCUUCGCAGCAACCGGAUGCUUUCUGGACAAUGCCAGAUGCAGUUUCAUCCUAG